ACCGGAAGUAGAGAAAUUGACUGCGAAACGGGACAAUGUCAGUGCUAGAAAGGAUGGCAGAGUAUCUGUGUAACGAUCCUUGGACAAUGGAGGACUAGCAAACACUGCAGAAAUAGCUGGAACCUAUUAAAGACAUUGUAUUUAAUUAAAUCAUAACUACCUGUUGAUCGCCAACUGACCCAAGGAAUAAAAUAAAAAUCAGCUCCAGGAAAAAGGAUACUGUCUUGUGUGUCUCCAUUAGUAAGCAUCAUGUGUAGACAACCCUCAGGUUAUUGAAAUUAAAACAGUGAAAAACCAAUCACACUUCAUUAGACUCCCCGCCAUACAGCAAAUAAAUCUAAUCUGUGAUAGUGUAGGCAGUCAUAUUACUGGAUAUUUAUUUCAUCUGAACCAGCCAGGGGAAGGAGAGCCCUGUGACAAUUAAUAUGGACAACCAGCAGCAGCCGGUCAGGGACCAGGGACUCAUUUCUGUCGCCUCACAUGUGCUGGAUGAUUCCGAUAUCAGAAAUCAUCGAUCAACUGAUGCAGUAUAUAUAGGAUUACACGUGCCAAAAAGAAAACAUCGACAUAAACGCCACAAACACCGAAAGGUAGAAGGGGACAAAACCCAGAGCAGUCAGCCAGAGGUCUUCAAAGAUGUUGCCAACCCUGCCCAGCGGGUUCAGUUCUUGUUGGGGGAGGAAGAGGAUGAAGAACACAAAGCCCACGAUUUGUUCUGUGAAAUGGAGGAACUCUUCUAUAAUGGAGAUCAAAUGGAGUGGAAGGAAUCUGCUAGGUGGAUAAAGUUUGAAGAGGAUGUGGAGGAGGGGGGAGAGAGGUGGUCCAAGCCCCAUGUAGCCACCCUGUCUCUCCACUCUCUGUUUGAACUCCGCUGUAACAUCCUCAAUGGAACCGUCAUGUUUGAUAUAGAACCCUACGACCUGCCAUCUCUUGUCGAGUUGGUGGUAGACACAAUGGUUGCCAGUAAACAACUGGAGGAAAACCUGAAGGAACAGUUUGUAGACACCAUGUUGAUCCGACAUCGCCACCAGAACCAGAAAAAGCCACAGAGGUCGGAAGAGAACGGAGGAAGCAAACUUCAUCUGCCCUUAAUUCGAUCUUUUGCUGAAAUUGGCAGGAAGAGUUCAGUCCCUUCCUUCCAUAAACAUGCUGAAGAUCCAUCAAACCCAGCGCAGAUACUGAAGAACAAGUUCAAAAGCGCCAAAAGUUCUCCCAACUUCCACGCUCCAGAAAAACAAGACAGUGGACCAUUAGAGCACCAUCCAACUUACUCGGGGAGUUUAACGGCCAAUCAGAGUAGCAGCGAUUUGUUAACCCGAGACUCCUCUCACAAGGACUUGAGUCAUAUGAGCAAUCAUAGUCUGCACUUUAUGAAGAAGAUCCCCCCUGGGGCUGAGGCCGCUAACAUUCUGGUGGGAGAGGUGGAGUUCCUGAACCAUCCUGUGGUGGCCUUUGUCCGGCUCCUCCAUUCCAUCAUCCUGAGAGACUUGACCGAGGUUCCCGUGCCCACCAAGUUUGUGUUUAUAUUGCUGGGACCUAUGGGGGGCCAGAGCAAGUACCAUGAAAUAGGACGGUCUAUAGCUACACUGAUGUCAGACGAGGUGUUCCAUGACGUGGCGUACCAUGCCCGGAACAGAGACGACUUGUUGGCUGGAAUUGACGAGUUCCUGGAUCAGGUCACAGUUCUCCCCCCUGGAGAGUGGGACCCCAGUAUCAGGAUUGAGCCCCCCAAACAGAUCCCCUCCCAGGAGAGCCGGAGGAACAACUGUUAUACGCCCCCCGCCAAGACGGAGGGGGGAGACCCAGAGGAGGUGGAGAUAGAGAUGGAUCAUGUCGACUCCUCUCUUGUUAGGACUGGCAGGUUGUGUGGAGGCAUUGUAAAUGACAUUAAGAGGAAGCUUCCCUUUUAUGCCAGUGACUUUAAGGAUGCUCUACAUGUUCAGUGUCUAGCCUCCUUUAUCUUUUUAUACUUUGCUUGUCUGACUCCUGUUAUUACCUUUGGAGGUCUCCUAAAUGAUGCCACAGAUGGUAACAUGGCUGUGUUUGAGAGUAUAUUGGCAGCAGCUAUCUGUGGGAUAUUUUAUGCAUUAUUAUCUGGUCAGCCACUCACCAUUCUAGGAAGUACUGGACCGGUUCUUGUGUUUGAAACCAUCCUACACCAUUUCUGCAAAGACAAUGGUUGGGAUUAUCUUGAGUUCAGGUUAUGGGUUGGGUUGUGGACAGGUAUUCUCCUCAUCAUCAUGGUGAUUCUGGAUUUGUCCGCUUGGGUACAGUACAUCACUCGCUUCACCGAGGAAAGUUUUGCACUUCUUAUCUCCCUUAUCUUUAUCAAGGAGGCCUUUGCCAAGCUAGCCAAAGUGACAUUAACCCAUCCGAUCCAUUUUCCCAUAGAAACUCGGCCUGGAUGGUGUCAGGGAAGAUGUAACCCCCCUCUGUUGGAGGAGAUAUCUAACGACACGCUAACUAACGUCACCAUGGCCAGUAAUACAGUGCCAGUUAGUACGACAACGAUAUCAACACUCAGUAAUACAACAGACAACACCACUAGCUCGUUUGAUAUGACUGCCUUCUGGGCCAACAAGACCCUGGAGGAGUGUGUGUUAAGUGGGGGACACUGGGAUAAAACCUAUGAUUGUCAUAGCGACACCGAGCCAGAAGUCUUCUUUCUCUCUGUGAUUCUAUUUACAGGAACAUUUCUCAUCUCUAUGACUCUUAAGAGAAUGCGUACCAGUAAAUUUUUCCCUACACAAAUCAGAGGUAUAAUAAAUGACUUUGCUGUGAUGAUUGCUAUUGUGAUGAUGGUUUUGAUCGACUUUCUCUUGGGUAUACCCACACCAAAACUACAUGUUCCUCAGGAAUUCAGGCCCACAAGUGAUAAAAGAACCUGGGUGGUGAAUCCCAUAGAUAAGAAUCCGUGGUAUCUACCUAUAGCUGCCGUUAUCCCCGCGCUACUAGCUACAAUCCUGAUCUUCAUGGAUCAACAGAUCACAGCUGUUAUCGUUAACAGGAAGGAGAAUAAAUUGGUGAAAGGUAAAGGCUACCACUUGGACCUGUUUAUAGUGGCGUGUCUGAUCAUCAUUUGUUCUUUCCUGGGUCUGCCAUUCUUUGUGGCAGCCACAGUCUUGUCUAUUACCCAUGUUAUGAGUCUGAAGAAAGAAUCAAAAUGUGCUGCCCCGGGAGAGGCUCCGAAGUUUCUGGGUGUCAGAGAGCAGAGGGUUACUGGUUUUAUGAUCAACUUGAUGAUUGGUAUCUCCAUUUUACUGACAGGGAUUCUAAAGCACAUCCCGAUGCCUGUGUUAUACGGAGUAUUCCUGUAUAUGGGUGUGUCCUCGCUCCGCGGAAUGCAGAUCGUGAAUCGGAUUCUGAUCUGGUUCAUGCCCCAGAAGUACCAGCCCGACUAUAUGUACCUCCGACACGUUCCUACCAAGAGAGUCCACCUCUUCACUGCUAUACAAGUCAUGUGCCUAGUGAUUCUGUGGAUUGUUAAAAGCAUUAAAGACACUUCUAUUGUAUUUCCUUUAAUGGUGUUGGCUAUGUGCUUUGUAAGGAAGGGACUGGACUGGGUUUUUACUCAGGAUGAGUUAAGGUGGCUGGAUGAUAUCAUGCCAGAAAUUCACAACAGAAACAAGGAGGACGAAGAUAAAGAACUGAAGGACCAGGAAGAGAAGGAGAAAGAGAUGGCUUCCCUGCCUAACGGUUCCUCCUCCUCUAACUCCCUCCAUAUGAAUGUGGUCAAAGUGGGGAUCAACACACCGGACAGUGACUUGUGUAUAUCUGACGAGGUGACCAAAACCAGUCUCUGGAAAUCUAUAGUCGCCAACGAGUCGUCCCCCUCCCUAGCCAGCAACAAUAGUGUGACAAAACAUAGGAAGCAUAAAAGCAGUAAAAACAAGUCCUCAGGUCAAGGGGUGUCUUUCUACAUUGAUGAGGAGGAGAAGGAGCACCUGUUAUCAAACAACAAGGCACCUGAAAUUGUGGUGGAUCCACCCAGCCGAGAUCACAGUGAUAAUGAAGAGAAGGAUAGUAAAAUGUGAUAAAGUGUAGCACUCUAACAAAAAUAUGUGAUGUCAUUUUGUUAAAGAUUGCUGUAUGCUAUUUAUUAAUAUGUACAAUGUACAAUAUUUUUAGGUUUGGAUCUUGUUGAAUUGCAUUUAUAUAUUUUUGAAUGAAUGAAGUUGAGAGCCUAUCAGUGUAAAAAAAUCAUCUCUUAUGUUUGUGGGGUAUAUGAUUUGUGCAAUGUCAGGAAUGGUAUGAGAGAGACCUGUUUCAAAUCAGUGAAGAAUUAUCCAAAUUCAGUUAACAUUUCUAUUCAAUAACAUGAUUAAGGAUUGUUCAUUAUAAGUUUAUCAGCAUUUGUUUUUCAUCAAUGUGCAGGGAUUAUGUUCUACAAGCAACUUUUACUUUUUUAUUCAAUAUUUUGAAAAAUCAUCGAUACAGUGCUAACCAACUUGUAUAAUUUGUUUUAUAUACAUCCAGUUAACCUUCAGAAAUCAAUUGUGUCCAAAUAAAAAUUUUUAGAUAGGCAGCAUCGCAUAAAGUAAAUUGGAAAUUGGCUAGAAUAUGUAAGACGUAAAAUAUCUGCAGUGCUAAAGGAAUCAAUGUAAUACAACUGUACGCUAUUAGGGAUUCAAAUACAUGUAUUAUAGUAUAUUUCAUGUUGUGAUAUUGGUCCUGUAGAUAUUGUAUCCAAACCCAUUCCUGUUUUUCAUUUGUUUGUUUUUAGCUUUUUUUUCAUUUUUUUAUUGGAAAUUUAUGUCUCACCUUCUGUAGCUUUAUUCAUCCAUCCCAGUGCACAAUAUUUUUAAAUAUGAUUUUCAGCUUUGAAAUCCGUAUCUUUAUAGAUAUUUUUAUAGAUUUCUUUAAUUUUCUAUGUAUAUUUAGAAUAUUGAUUUUUUUUUGUUGCAUUUUUCCUCCCUUAUUCCUUCAGUAUUUGAUAAGAAGAAAAAAAUAUUUUUUUUGGUACAUGCCUUUUAUGAAAGGUUGUAUGGACUGGAUCUAGCAAUGGAAAUCUGUCUGAAGCCCUUUAGUGCAAAUUUUUAUGUUGAUAUGUGGAUGGUGUGUGUAUUAAAUGUUAUUUAGAGGGCUUUUCUUGGGCUAUGUAACUCAAAAAAUUCACAACUUCAUGCAAUAUUCCUUUCUUUGAAGAAAUUCUUUCUUCCUGCUUGAAAAGUGAUAAAAUCUGUUAUUAAUCAUUUACACAAAAUUAAUAUAUGACCUUGAGAAGAUUCUGUAUGUAUGUCAAAAGAUUUUUCACC